GUGUUUUUGUCCAUCUGCUUUUACGCAGAGGAUUUUUGCGUAAAAGGCGCAACGGUGCGCACUGGAGCUCGUCACUACAGUCUGCUACAGUCUAAGUGGAGUCUGUUUGACAGCAUGAUAAGGCUACAGUGUGGCAGUCGGACUCCAACUCGGCCUUCAUGAGCCCGUUGGCCGCGCUGCUGUGGCUCGGACGGGAUCAGACCGACGCGGCGCAGAUGGUGGCAAACCUGAGCGCAGCGCAGGAGGCGGGGACAGCGACCGCGGCACUGCACAACCUGCCUGCCCUGGUUUUCGGGGUGCUGCUGAUCGUCGUCAUCAUCUGCGGCAACUUGAUGGUGUGUCUGAGUGUGUUCGUCGAAAAGGCACUGAAAACCACCACCAACUAUUUCAUCGUGAGUCUGGCAGUGGCGGAUCUGAUGUUGGCGGUGCUCGUGCUGCCGCUCUUCGUCUAUUCGGAGUUCCAGGAUGGUGUAUGGACCCUCAACACUACCAUCUGUGAUGGUCUCAUGACGAUGGAUGUUAUGUUGUGUACUGCCUCCAUCUUCAAUCUCUGCGCUAUCAGCAUUGACAGGUUCAUCGCUGUGUCAAUCCCACUCAACUACAACAGGAAGCAUGUGGACCUGCGGCAAGUUGUUUUGCUGUCGGCCACCUGGAUCCUGGCCUUGGCUGUAGCCUCGCCAAUCAUCUUUGGCAUCAACAAUGUCCCAGGCCGCGAUCCGAGGGAAUGUAAACUAGAGAAUGAUGACUAUGUUCUGUAUUCUUCCGUCUGCUCCUUCUUCAUCCCCUGCCCUAUCAUGCUGCUGCUGUACUGUGGCAUGUUCCGCGGCCUGCGACGAUGGGAGGAGGCACGUAAAGCCAAGCUGAAGGACAGCAUCCAGGCGUGCCGCAAGCUGCAGGAGGCCACAGCCACGUUGCCUCCUCUGGCUUCGCUGCCACCUCUGCUGCCUCCCAUUAUAGAGCGAGACCCAGCAGAUACUCUCGAUGAAGCAUCCACCCUGCAGUCCCCAGACCUGCCCCCGAACUCAACAGAGAACAAAGACGGCCCUGUGCCAGCGGUCAGUUUUGCAGAGAUUAAGUUCAACCACGACCCGCGCAGAAGAAAAAGGGCCAAGAUCAACAGCCGCGAGAGGAAGGCUAUGAAGGUGCUUCCUGUCGUUGUGGGUGUCUUUCUAUUCUGCUGGACUCCUUUCUUUGUCCUCCACACAAUGCGAGCACGCUGUCAAGAGUGCCACAUCCCGCCAGCCCUAAUGAGCGUGGUGACGUGGCUGGGCUAUGUCAACAGUGCCCUGAACCCCAUCAUAUACACUGUCUUCAACACUGAGUUCAGGAACUUCUUCAAAAAAGUCCUCCAGCGCUGUUGCUCCUAGAACUACUGGAGUGGACGCUGCUCCAUGGACCAUUCUUAAACGCACAACAGCUGCAAGAGAUGCUGCUGACUGUUGAUAUACUGUCUUUAGUCUGUUUAUGUUGCCAUGGUUUCCUUCCUCUGUGAGGUUUUUAUUUUUCUACAUUUGAUGACAGCAAAGUCUGUUUGAGCUUCAUGUUUCAUGUGAAGAAGCUAUUCUCUUAGUCUGUAAGGUGGAUCAAUAGCAUUUUUGCCAUAUACAACUUAUUUUAUAUGUUGAAACUCAUCUUUUCAGAAUAAAUGUUUUUGCUAAAAAUACACAUUAAUAAGAAUAGUCUCUUUCAGAGUUUGAGGCCCGCUUGAGAAAAUGUUGACGAGUGCACAGAUGAAUCCAAGAUGUAGGUGGAAGCAGACGGGCCACCAUUACAUCGUCAUAAAAUCAUUUGUAAGCCCUUUUGCCAGGAAAGUAGUUGAAAAUGUAGUCAUCAAAUGCCACUGAAAGGUUUUAAUCUGCCAUGGUGGAGUGGGAUGUAGUGAGGACCCAAAUGCAGAUAGAGUGAGCUGGAGUAUGGACAAAAAGCCAGCUGUUUAUUUAGGCUGGUAACCCAAUAGCAAAACCAAAUGGAAAUCAGCAUGAUCAAAACUGGAGCACUAGGGAUUCUAGGGAAUACAUGGGAUUUAGGAAUUUUUACACACAAAAAUAAUCUCAUUAAUAACUCAAAACACCAUAAAUACAAGAAUCUAAAAAUAAAUCCAACACUUGAGCAGAAACCCAGGGUCCAUGGCAAUAAUCCUCUUAACCUCCCAAAGCUAAGUUGUUUUUGUUUUUGUGUUGUUCUUGAGUGUUAAACUGUUCACACCACACAUUACACAUCUAUUCCAUUAAAGUCAUAACAACAGACUUUAUGAUUCAAGUCAUCAGGUAGCAGGUAAU